AAUGUCGUGAUCAACAUUACCGACAACAUUGUCAGCGCGUCGCAUAAAUUUUGAAACAUAAUAAAUUUUGAAAAUUUAGUAUGCAUAUUUGAAUUAAACUUUUAUCUAAAUGACAAAACCAUAAGCUUAUAUAAAAUAUAUUUUUUCAGAAAAUGUGUGAGCGUAAUAAUCGUAACUGAAAGAAUAAAUUAUAUUUCACAUAAAAUAUAGCACUUUUUAUUUGUUGAAAUGCAAGUGCAAAAAAAUAUCUCUCUCAUUGAAAAUUAGUGCGAUUUACAAAUUAUUGCAUGCGUUAUUGCUAUUAUAUAAGCGAAAAAAUUAAGCCCUCACUAAUGCGCGAUGCAAUCUAUCACAGAGUCCAUCAGAGUUUAUUAUAAUCCCAUCAAUGAAAACGUUUGGAACUUCCCUGAAAUUCCUUGCCUUGUGCAUUUUACUAUGUGCAAAUUAUUAUUUAGCUUGGCUAUAAAUAUGAAAUUUUUUGUCUAGAAGCAAACCAAUAAUACUAAAUAAUCCAUAUAAUAUGAAACAAAUUGCUAAUUCGAUAACUUAUAUCAAUUCUUAGUUUGCGCAAGCAAAUCGACUCUUAAAGUGCGUUAUGUAUAAUCUGAAGACGUAACAUAUAUCGCAAAAAGGGAAAACUCCGCAGUAUUCCUACGAGCACCGAACGAGUCAAAAGUCCUUUCUUUGUGACAAAAACAAGUGAAAUCGAUAAUUUGUAUAAAAGUUGGUAAAUUGAAAGAAAUAUAUAGAAAUUUUUAAUAUAAAAUUUCAAACAUUCUAAGUACUAAAUUAUAGAUUUAAGUUAAACAUUUGUGGAUUUUCUUCUACCUGUUUUUAUUUUUAUUUUAGCAUCUAUUAGUUUGACAAAGCUAAAUUCUAUCCGUUAAUAAAAGUUCGAAUGAUUAUUUUGUAUUAUUAUAUUUUAGAUUAAACAUUUAAUUAUAUAAUCUUUAUAAACAUCAUUUUAAUAUAAAAUUUAUAUAAUUAUUUGCUGAAUCAUUUCCGCGGAAUGCUAAUGGUUACAAACUUUUGAAAAAAAUGAGAAUCAAAACUGUUAUUUGAUAUUGUAAGUUUCUAUUUUUCAUAUUCAAUAGAUUACAAUAUAAUUAUCGAAUAUUCAAUGAGAUUGUGUAUCAUUGCUAUAAAAAUCUUAUAUAUCACUCUAUUUAUAAAUUACAUGAUAAAACAAUUAUUGCUAUGAUUUAUGUUAGAUAUUCAGUCAAGUUUACGUCAUGGAAUCAAGUAAGAAGGAGAGACCACAAAAAAACGACAAAGAUAAACGGCAAUUCAAAAAUUCAACAAAGUCUAUUGAUCUCUUUUAGUCGACUUAUAUUUGCAGGAUAACGUUGUGUUCGUCACGGAAAAAAUGUCAUUAAAGAAUACAAAUAGCUCGCGAAAUCCGAUCAUUUCCGAGUUUCAUUUCCGUGCGUGCAUGCUUGUGGUGAUUGCUCAUUAGUUAGACAGUUUUAUUACUCUCCAAAGAAUAAAUGCACUGUGAAAUCGAGAGAUGCCUAAAGGUGGGAGACGACGGCUAGAAUAUAUCUGAACACGCAUUAGAUCGUGUACGCACAGUACCUUUGCGACCGGCACUUUCGAUUAGCCUCAAUAUAUAUGGAAUUUACACGGUGGAAAUUAGAGUUUUUGUCACCUGCGCGUUUCAUUUCUUACUUUGAUUCAGUUUUUAAUCUUACCCGAGAAAUGUUAUUAGCCUCAUUUUCAAAGUGUUCCAAAACAGAUAAAUAGAAGCAUUCAUGAUAUACAAUUAGGAACUUAUUACCGUGAAAGUAACGAUAAUUGAAUGAUAAAUUUUGAUGUUUCUUUACUAGGACAUAUUUUUCGUGAGAAUGUUACAAUAUAGAUUCAUUUUGUUUGUGUCAUUAUUACAUCAAUCGGUAAUUUGCUCAAACGUGAAUAAAAUAACGCCAUUCUCGCAAGGAUCUUUGAUGAUUGAUGAUUCUGUAACUAACGUGAAUGCAUGGAGAAAUUUUACGGAAUUGUUUGUUGGUGACAAAACUGGAUUCAAAUUCCCAAAAAACACUUCCUUAAAUGAUACCAAAAAUGCCGAUGAUGAACUUUGGGAUCUCGAUCAACUCUUGGAAAUUUGGAAUCCAAUCGCUGUUUCGCGAAUCUGGAACAACGAAACGUACCGAAAUGCAAGGAUUUCGCUAUCGUGUGGUGAAGAUUUGACUCGUUACAUGAUGGGUAUAUCGAAAAGAAGAAACUGGGCACAAAAAAUGAUGGAUGCGGAUGGCAAACGAACAUGGGGUACAUUUUCCGGCAGUAGAUAUUGGGUUGGAGAUAUGAAUCAAUGUCGCAAAAUGGAAAACGGAUUCGCGAAAUGGCAAAAGGAUGAGAGAUUCCAAAGCGAAGAAUUACCACCCUUCCGUGUCAGCGUAAAUUCCAUCAAUCUUGUUCUUGAAAUCCUACAGCCUGGAUUAAACUUAGUAAGCAAUAGAAAUGUCACGCUUGGAUUAUGCAUGCCCAUCGCAUGCAACCCAAGUGAUAUCGAAAACCUUUUGUAUUUUGUGCGAAACGUAUCUAGUAUCAGUUUUCCGUUAAACAUAGCCAUUAAUCAUGUACGAAAUCUUUCGAAGGGAUAUACAUUUUGGGAAGAUACGACAUUCUACAUCUUGUUAUUUGUCUUCGUCGUAGUAUGCUUGCUUACGUUCAUAGGUACUCUUUAUGAUGCUGCACUGCGUUACAAAAUCCUACAUGGGAGAGACAAAAAGAAUGCCAACAACAAUAUACUAACUGAAUUGAAACUUAUGACCACCAACGGGAAGUUAGAUCACCAAGUUACACUUUCGAGUUUGUGGACUGUUACGACGCACAACGGUUCUUUGGAUAUCCGCAAUUCGCAAGAUGAGCCAAAACCUUUAUCGGAGGCAUUGCUAUCUUUCAGUUUGUUUGUGAAUUUAUCUAAACUCUGUAGUCUGGAUGUCGGUGUAGAUACUUUAGCACCAAUACACGGGCUGAGAUUUUACACGAUGCUUUGGAUAAUCCUGGUGCACACGUGUUUGCUAGCCAACGAAAUUUCAGAUAGCAAAAUGUUUCGAGAUACAGCAGAGAAUGAUUUUUUAUAUCAGACUAUCGGUAAUAGCACGUAUUCCGUAGAUACAUUCUUCUUUAUCAGUGGAUGCUUGGUAACAUUUCUAUAUUACCGUACAAUCGCAAAUAAAAGGUUGCAGGAAAGAGAAAUAAUGAAGGGAUAUCGUGGCCAAGUUUUGCAAUUUUUGGCAAUGAUGUGGUACAGGUACUUUCGCUUGACUCCGGUCUACCUCUUGGUGAUCGGCCUGAUUCAGAUAUCAAUGAAGUGGUACCAUGACCACUCCAUGAUCGAACUACCCGCGCUGGAUUAUAAGACCUGCGAGAAAUUCUGGUGGCGCAACGCCUUGUAUAUAAAUACUUAUUUCGAUAUGGACGACCGAUGUAUCGUCUGGAGCUGGUACCUAGCAAACGACACACAAUUCUACACCGUGGGAAUAAUCAUUCUAAUAAUCGGAGCAAGCUUUCUACCGACAGCUGUAUUCAUCGCAGCUUUCUUUUUGAUCUCCUCUUGGAUUACAACGGCGAUAAUUACUUUGAACACCAGACAUGUGCCAAGCAUACGCGACCCGUUCGCGCAUUAUGAGAGUCUCUAUGACAAGCCAUGGACGAGAAUAGGACCAUAUCUCAUAGGGAUGGCCACUGGUUGGUAUCUCUUCAAAAUCGACUGCCAGGUGAAGAUGAAUAAAGUUGUCGUUGUAUUGGGUUGGAUUCUUUCUCUCACCACAAUGAUAAGUAUAGUGUACGGAUUGCACGGAACUACUUUCGGACCGAUAUUGUCUGCUCUUUAUACGGCUCUGUCACAUUCCGGAUGGGCAGUAUGCUUAGCAUGGAUUUUGAUCGCCUGUGUCACCAACCAUGGGGGUAUAGCAAACCAUAUAUUAUCAUGGAAAUAUCUGUACCCUAUCUCCAGGUUGACUUAUUGCGCGUAUUUAGUGCAUCCUGCACUUGUGCGAGCCAUGAUUUUGCAGGGUGAAAGUUCAUGGCAUCUUACGUACGGCUUUAUGGCAGUUUUAUUUUUUGGAGCUGUAGUGGCAUCGUACGCUGCAUCAUUAUUUCUCAGCCUACUUUUUGAAGCACCAAUAGUGUCUCUACUGAGGAUAGUUCAUCCCUUAAGAGCAUGGAAAUAAUUACACCAUGGAAAUAAUUCCGCUAUUUUGUGUGUUUUGAUCAUCAUUGUAGAAUGAAGAUAUUUGGGAAUCACACAUUACAAUUUCCAAAACUUUUAUUACCUAUAACUUUGGUAAAAACGCGUUACUGCGUGUAAGUAAAAAUAUGCAUGAGAUUAAUAUGAUGGAAAAUACUACUAUUUAUUGAUAAUUAUUGGAAAUACACUAUAUAUACAGAAUGUAAUGUAGAUAGAACAGGUGAUUAUUGCAUGAAAUAAUUAAAUGUUUUGAUAGUAUGG